CUUCCUGGAGUCGGUUCGGUUUCGCUUUCCCUUAAAACAAUUCAGAGAAAAUACUGAGCUCGUCUUGGAAUACACAGGUCUUAAUUUUUAGUUAAGACCUAAUUUUGAGUGGGCUGCGGACUCCUUUAGACCUUCUGAUUGCUGGCAUAAAAGUUGUCUUCUUUAAAGUUUGGGUUUUAUCGCCAUAGUCUACACAGUUUGAAAAUGACGUCGGAAUCGUCUCUCAAUUUGAAAGAAGUUGAGGAGCUGGCCAACGCCUUGGGGGAGGCAAUCAGUAGCGGCGAGAAAGAAGAGGCAGCCAGACUUUCUCAAAUGUUGUCAGGACUCGCAGUCGCUGUGAAAGUCAACGUCGACAAACGAGCCUACCCAAGUGACUCCAUCAAGUUAAAGGUCGGAGUUGAGGAUGGCCAGUCAGAAAUGGGCAUCCCUGUGAGUGUUGAAGUCUCCACAAACAUGACCAUAGCAGAGCUAAAGGACAAGUUCAGUCAGGACCACGGCUUCAACGCGACACUGCAGCGCUGGGUCAUCGGCAAGCGUCUGGCGGGCGACGGCGAGACCCUGUAUAGCCAUGGCAUCCGCAAAAGUGGCGACCAGGCCUUCCUGUUCAUCCGCUCCGACCAUGCCGGGGCCCCACUGACCAGACACCUGCAGCAGCGCGAGGAAGAGCAGCAGCGCCUUGAUAGGAUUGUGGAGACGGUCAUUCUCAUGCCCAGGGGGCUACAGGCGGGAGCUCCUCCUCCCAUAGUGCGCCCCAAAGUGCCCCCCAAACCCGCCGUUGUUCCCAAGCGGGGCUGGACCUGUAAGGUAUGUACCUUUGUGAACAAGCCGACGCGUCCGGGAUGUGAGAUGUGCACUGAGGAGCGGCCUGUGGGCUACCAGGUUCCUGAGACCUACAAGCCAGACGAGGAGGAAAUACAGCGCAUGCAUCAGGAGGAACAGGCCAACCAGAUUUACACUGAGGUGUUGCAGGCCGAGGCUGUGCAGAGGGAGAGGAACUUCCUUGAGCUGCUGCAGACCGACGACCAGAGCAUCGUUCCAUGCGUCCAGGAGCUAGAAUGUUUAGUCUGCAUGUGCCCCGUGCUGCCAGGAGAGGGCGCCAUACUCAGAGAGUGCCUGCACAGCUUCUGCAGGGACUGUCUGAAAGGCACCAUAGUGAACAGCCAGGAUGCAGAGGUUUCCUGUCCCUUUGCAGACAACCAAUACGACUGUGACAAAAAGCUGCAAGACAGAGAGAUAAAAGCUCUCCUGACCGAGGAAGAGCACCAGCGCUUCCUGGACCUGCGGCUGAGCAUCGCCGAGAGCCGCCAGAAGGACAGCUUCCACUGCCAGACGGCCAACUGUCAGGGCUGGUGUGUGUAUGCGGACGAGGUCAACGAGUUCCCCUGUGAUCUCUGCAAGGAGACCAACUGUAUUCUCUGCAAGGCUAUCCAUAAGGACAUGAACUGCAAGCAGUACCAGGACGACCUGCUUCUCCGGGCGGAAAACGACCUGGCUGCAAAGCAAACCAAGGAAAUGUUAGAGGAAAUGCUGAAGAGCGGAGAAGCCAUGAAGUGUCCCGGAUGUGAUGUCAACAUACAAAAGAAAAGUGGCUGUGAUUGGCUCAGCUGCCUGAUGUGUAAAACAGAGAUCUGCUGGGUCACGAAGCAGGCUCGCUGGGGCCCAAAUGGUACUGGUGAUAUAUCAGGUGGCUGUAAAUGUCGUGUCAACAAUGCGCUCUGCCACCCCAAGUGCCAAAACUGUCACUGAGACAAGUCCUACCGUACACACACACACACACACACACACACACACACACACACACACACACACACACACACACACACACACACACACACACACACACACACACACACACACACACACACACACACACACACUUAAUCACCGGUAGAGUCCCAAAGGGCUUAACAGGGCAUAUAUUUAUGACAACUCCCUGACCCUAGCUCCCAAGAGGGCAAAAUCUCCCUUAAUGAUCAUGCAGGGAUGAUCAGGAGUGCAAUGUGUGCCAUAAUUGACCUACAUACAUGCAUACAUACAGGCAAUACAUUUUAAAUCUGUGAUCGGGUGCUGGCCGGUUAGCCAUAAUGAGAGUCCAGGCAUCCAGUCGUAGUCACCGUAGUCAAAAUGCUAGAACAGACCAAAUACUGAAUUACAAGGGGAAAAGUGCAUACUGGAAAUGUAGACAAUCAUGAAGGAUUUGGGGACUGGUGUCUUUAUACUAGUACUUUUGUUUUUAUACUACUAUUAUUCUGUAAUUGAUGAUUUUGGAUUCCUUAUCAUUUUUGUGGACUAAAUAAAUGGGUAAUACGUGGGUGGAAAGACACUCGGAAGAACUGGAAAUCUCAAUUCUUUGGGAAACAUGUAUUCCCACAACGUUAAAUAAACUUUUAUAUGACCAUGAUGAA